GGAAGUGGUGUCUCGUACGCAUGGCGCUAUUUAGGAAAUUAUUUAUCUUCUGAAAUACAGACCCAACUUUUAAAUCGUUUUGAAAAUAUUAUUUGCUGACUGCAUUAUAAGAGAAUAUAGUUCUCUAAAGAUGGAGGCUGAUCUGUAUGAUGAGUUUGGAAACUACAUCGGUCCAGAGCUGGACUCUGACGAUGAUGAAGAUGAUCUGAACGCAGAGGACAGAGAUGUUGAUGAGGCUGAUGAAGAUGAUGAUGAUGAGCCCGCUGAUGCUGAUGAAGAUGUCCCGGGUAUGGAGGUGGUCCUGCAUGAAGACAAGAAGUACUAUCCUACGGCAGAGGAGGUUUAUGGGCCCGAAGUGGAAACCAUUGUCCAAGAGGAAGACACACAGCCUCUCACAGAGCCCAUCAUCAAGCCUGUGAAGAACAAGCGGUUCACCCUGACGGAGCAGGAGUUACCUGCCACUGUUUAUGAUAUGGAAUUCCUUGCUGAUCUGAUGGACGGUCCUGAGCUCAUUCGUAACGUGACCCUGUGUGGUCACCUUCACCACGGCAAGACCUGUUUUGUGGACUGCCUGAUUGAACAAACCCACCCAGAAAUCAGGAAGAGAGAUGAUGUGGAUCUUCGAUACACAGACAUCCUCUUUACAGAACAGGAGAGAGGAGUUGGUAUCAAGAGCACCCCGGUCACAAUGGUGCUGCCAGACUCCAGAGGCAAAUCCUAUCUUUUCAACAUCAUGGAUACACCAGGUCACGUAAACUUCUCUGAUGAAGUCACGUCUAGCAUCCGCCUCUCAGACGGUGUUGUCCUCUUCAUAGACGCAGCAGAAGGAGUGAUGCUGAACACAGAGCGCCUGAUCAAACAUGCAGUUCAGGAGCGUAUGGCCAUCACCAUCUGCAUCAAUAAGGUGGACCGCCUCAUUGGAGAGCUGAAGUUGCCUCCAACAGAUGCUUAUUAUAAACUUCGCCACAUUGUGGAUGAGGUCAAUGGUUUGCUCAGCACAUACUCCACAGAUGAGAACUUGGUGGUGUCUCCUCUGCUGGGAAAUGUGUGCUUCGCCAGCUCUAUGUACAGUGUCUGUUUCACUCUGGGGUCCUUUGCAAAGAUCUACUCUGACACCUAUGGUGACAUCAACUACAAUGAGUUUGCCAAGAGGCUUUGGGGAGACAUUUAUUUUAACCCCAAAACGUAA